UUGUGCACUGACGCUAAUCCAAGCAGGGCCAUAUUAGUGCUGGGUGAAGUCCAUUGUGUUUUCCCUGACAAGUUGUGGUGAGAAGCUGGACCAGGGCGUAGAGAUUUAGCCCAGCUUAGCGUUCGCCAUAACUGCACCUGAUACAGGCCAGCGGUCUGGCACAGGCCCAUGGCCGCGUCAGUGAUGUCCUCCCUGGUCUGCUGGUAAUCCUCAUCUGAAAGGUCGUGAGCUGGAGAGUGGAUUGGGGGUGGCACUCUGCAGUCUGUUCCUGUCACAGUCACGUCACACCUCUGCUCGCCGCUACUGUAGCAGCAGGGACCCUGAGGAGACACACACAGAAGAGAGAGAGCGGGAAAGGACGACAAGCGCACGCAGAGAGAGAAAGAGAAACAGAGGGAGGGAGAGAGAGAGAAAGAAGAGAAGGAGCACAGGGGGACACUGGACUCCACGGCAGCAGAGACACCAGUGACGUUUCAAACUUUGGAGGAAACUUUUUUUCUCCUGCCCUCUGCCUGCACUGAAUCCUGGGAGCCCGCAGAAGGGGAGUCGGGGACACACUGAGGCUCUGAGACGACGACGACGGCGAAGACUAUUGUGUGUUUUCAGAUACUGGACCUGUAUAAGACACGGCUGGUACGAUGAGUACGGGGGACCAGGAGUACUAUAACUAUGACUGGUAUGAGAACGCCGUGCCCACCAAACCCCCAAAAGAAAUAAUCCCUCCCUGUGACCCGACCGCGGACGACAGGCUCUACCACACAUGCAUCGCUGCAGUGUCCUUGGUGAUCAUGCUGGUCCUGGCUGUGUUGGCCAGGAGGAAGAAGGUGGAUGACAACCUGAGGGGAAUCUCAGGACUCCUCAGCCCAGUCAACUUCCUGGAUCACACGCAGCACAAGGGCCUGGCGGUGGCCGUGUACGGGGUGCUCUUCUGCAAGGUGUUCGGCCUGGGCAUCACGCCCAACCCACUGCCCUUCGUCAAGGACUCGCCCCACAGAGAGUAUUGGAUGAUCCUGGCACUGGUCUACUACCCCGCUCUCUACUACCCCCUGUUGGCAUGUGGCACAUUACACAGUCAGGUGGGGUACGUCCUGGGCAGCUUGUUGUCAUGGUCACACUUCGGAGUGCUCGUCUGGCAGAAGGUGGAUUGCCCAAAGACACCAGAGAUUUAUAAGUACUACGCCCUCUUCACCAGCCUGCCUCAGAUCGCCUGCUUGGCCUUCCUCAGUUUCCAGUAUCCUCUGCUUCUCUUCAAGGGCCUGAGGGGCAGCGACAAGAAUAAUACCUCUGAGGACCUCAUGAGCAGCUACUACAAGGACUACGUCAAGAAGAUCCUGAAGAAGAAGAAGCCGUCCAAAACAAGCGCCUCUAAACCCAAUGUGUUUGAAAGGCUCACUGACGCUAUCAAGUCCUACAUCUAUACACCAGAAGAUGUCUUCAGGUUUCCAUUAAAACUAGCCAUUUCUGUUGUGGUGGCGUUCAUUUCACUCUACCAGAUGGCGGUCCUGCUGGUCAGCUGUGUGGUCCCCACCCUGCAGAUCGUGCGUAGAGGGGUGGACGAGGACAUCGCCUUCCUCCUCGCCGGAUUCAACAUCGUCCUGUCCGAGGAUCGGGCGGAGGUGGUCAAGAUAGUGAUCUACUACAUGUGGUGUUUGGAGGUGUGCUACAUCUCAGCCAUCACCCUGUCCUGCCUGGUUAACCUGGCCAUGCUGAUGAGGUCAAUGGUACUGCACAGGUCCAACCUGCGGGGGCUGUACCGGGGGGACGUCUACACCGUGUACAGCUGCCAGAGGAGCAUCAGGCCGUCUCGGCCGGCGUUGGUCUGCUGGAUGGGCUACACCAGCUACCAGGCCGCGGUCAUCUGCCUCAGCAUGACUAUACAGACUCUGGUGUUCUUCAUCUGUCUGACGUUUGCUGUGUUCCUGGUCAUAAUCCCCGUUCUGUACGGACAGAACCUGAUGCUCUUCCACAUCAUCGCACACAUGUGGCCCUUCUGGUUGAUGCUCUUCCUGGCUGUGCUUGUUCAGCACCUGGCGGCCAGGUUCAUGUUUAUUAAGAAGGUCUCCGGAACACGAGACCUCCACAACAGGGGUAGUCUGUUCCUGAUGACCUACCUGCUCUUUCCCGUCAACGUGCUGCUGGGAGUGCUGUUGGGCAUCUGGAGGGUCGUUAUCACGGCGCUUUUCAACAUCAUCCACUUAGGCAGAAUGGACAUCAGCCUCCUUAACCGCAACGUGGAGGCAUUUGACCCAAGUUACCGCUGCUAUGCCCAUUAUUUGAAGAUUGAGGUGAGCCAGUCUCACCCGGUCAUGAAGGCCUUCUGCGGCCUCCUGCUGCAGACCUACGGCGGGGGCGCCGGGCCGCGGACCAGGGAUGCUGAGGAAGGUAUCCAGCUGGUCCAGCAGGAGAAGAAGCAGAACAAGGUGUCGAGUGCGCGGCGCGCCCGAGGCCACUGGCAGCUGCUCUACACCCUGGUGAAUAACCCGUCCCUGGUGGCCUCCCGCAAGCACUUCCAGCGCCAGAGCUCCGAGAGCUUCCUCAACGGCACGCUCAACCGCGCCGGCAAGGACGGGAGCAGAAAGGAAGGCGGCGUCAAAGAGGCCAGCAAAGAGGCGGAGAGUGCCAGCUCUAACUGACCAGCCCUGACCAUGACCCCAUGACCCCACGCCCAGCCUGAUACUGCACUCCGAGCCUCAAGGCCUCUUCGUCCCUCACACACUUGUGCCUACCGUGCCCCCCCCCCCCCCCUUCAAGGCCUAUUUGUCCCUCACACACGUGUGCCGCCCAUAUUAAAGAUGCUAGUAUUACCUGUAUGCUACUGUAGAGCUGAACUGGCUUGGGUGAGCUCCAGAGGCUGUGCACUGUGCACUGUGUGUGUGUGAGUGAUAGAGGCUCUUAUGUUCAGAAAUACACAACUCGACUAUCAGAACAUCGGCGUGGCACUGACAUCUUCUCUAACCAUUUCUGUGAGGUUAGAAUAUUUAUGAAUGUACAAAGUGUUCUAUUUUGAAGAUUUAGCUAAUGUUAAUUUGAAGUGCCUAUAAUUUUACACAGAUUGGUGAAAUGGUCACCAGUUGUGAAAAGAAUAAUAAUAUAGUUAAAUAUGAACAGGUUCAACUAUGUAUGUCCAAGAUGGCUUGGCCUGUCUGUUUUGUUGGUCAUCUAUCGUUUGUCAUGUGAAACGUGUCCAGAACUUUUUUUUUUCUAAUUUCAAACUGUGAAAUUGUAUUUCAACACUGGACCCUCCGCUUUCAUCUCACCCGCUGGCUCCUUCAUUUUGAUAUCACCUCCGUCACUGUUGCUGCUGUUUGUUUUUCAGUCUCACGUUGCCUUUGAGAAAAUCUAGAGAAUUUAUUUGUGAUUAAAAAAAAAAAAGAAGUGUGAACAAUAAAACUUCGGAUGCUUCUUCAUUUCA